AUGCACAACAAUUAUCACGAAUAUCCGGUCACGCAGGACUAUCGAAUUAGUCGAACGGUUUUGGGUGUCGGAAUCAACGGAAAAGUUGUGGAAUGUGAACAUCGUCGAACACAUGAGAAGUACGCGUUAAAAGUGCUUCGAGACACUGAAAAAGCCAGAAGAGAGGUUGAGCUUCAUCGAAUGGCGAGCGGCCACUCGAAUAUCGUCUCGAUCAUAGAUGUCUAUAAGAAUUCCUACAAUAAUGUUCAAUGCCUUCUCGUUGUGAUGGAAAACAUGCGAGGCGGCGAAUUGUUCACGAGAAUCCAGGCUCGAGGACAAAAAGCGUUCACCGAACGAGAAGCGGCCGGAAUUAUGUACGAUAUAUGCUCGGCGGUGGCUCAUUUGCAUCGAAUGGCUAUCGCGCACCGUGAUCUUAAACCCGAGAAUCUGUUGUACACUACGAACGAGGCGAACGCGAAACUGAAAUUGACGGAUUUCGGAUUCGCGAAGAAAACGGACGAGUCGGAGCCGCAGGGAUUGAAGACCGCCUGCUUCACACCGUAUUAUUGUGCGCCGGAAGUGCUCGGUUCGGAGAAAUAUGAUAAAUCGUGCGAUUUGUGGUCGAUUGGAGUCAUCAUGUACAUUCUAUUGUGCGGCUAUCCGCCGUUUUAUUCGCAAGGUGGUCAACCGAUGUCGCCGGGAAUGAAGGCGAAAAUCAAGUCGGGACAAUACACGUUUCCGGCGCCCGAAUGGGAUUGCGUCUCUGAAGCCGCAAAGGAUUUGAUUCGAAAAUUGCUGCGCACUGAUCCGACUGAGCGAUAUAAUAUUGAACAGACGAUGGACCAUAAAUGGAUUUGCCAUUAUAAAAAGGUUCCUGACACACCUUUGUUCACUAGCUCGGUUCUUUGCGAUCAGAAGGAGCAGUGGGGUGAAGUGCAAGAAGAGAUGGAGAAGACCUUGGCUUCGAUGAGAGUUGGGACGACGGAAAUUCAGAUAAAGAGCUUGACCGACUCGAAUAAUAAGCUUCUCGCCAAGAGAAAGCAGAGGACGGAUGAAAUGCAAGAAAUCAACGAGGAAGAGGAAAAGAUGGACGAAUAG